AUUGUGCCUGUAUUGCCCAUGCACAUGCGCGGUGGCUGUCGGUCGCCACAUUCCCCGCCUGAGGAGUAAAGCCAAGGUUUCUUCGUUGUAAUUCAACGGAGGGGGGAAAAUUCACAUUACUGUACAAAAGAGGUUUUCGUACAAUCGUUAAAUCUGGAGACUUACCUAUAAAGAGGCGAGCUGUACUGCAAAGCCGACAUCCGAGGGAUUGUGCUGGUGGGUUGUGCUGACACCUUCCACAUUAGGGAAGAUAUUCUGAUUCACUUGUAACCAUGGCAACAGAAGAGAAGAAACCUGAGACUGAAGCAAGUAAAACACAGUCUACUCCAUCAGCAUCUGCAAGUCAGAGCAAGUCAGCUCCUCUGAAGCCAACAUACACCUUGAAGUUCACGUUAGCAGGACACACAAAAGCUGUCUCAUCUGUGAAGUUCAGCCCCAGUGGAGAGUGGCUGGCAAGCUCCUCUGCUGAUAAACUGAUCAAAAUAUGGGGAGCAUAUGACGGGAAGUUUGAGAAAACAAUAUCUGGACACAAACUUGGCAUCUCUGAUGUUGCCUGGUCCUCGGACUCGAACCUCCUCGUGUCUGCCUCUGAUGAUAAAACUCUUAAAAUAUGGGAUGUCAGCUCGGGUAAAUGUCUGAAAACGUUGAAGGGCCACAGCAACUAUGUAUUCUGCUGUAACUUCAACCCUCAAUCCAAUCUGAUUGUCUCGGGAUCAUUUGAUGAAAGUGUGAGGAUAUGGGAUGUCAAAACUGGGAAGUGUCUGAAGACCCUGCCUGCACACUCUGACCCAGUCUCUGCUGUGCAUUUCAAUAGAGAUGGGUCAUUGAUUGUCUCCAGCAGUUAUGACGGACUCUGUCGAAUCUGGGACACAGCGUCGGGCCAGUGUCUGAAAACGCUUAUUGAUGAUGAUAACCCCCCAGUGUCAUUUGUGAAAUUUUCUCCUAAUGGCAAAUACAUCCUGGCUGCAACGUUGGACAAUACUCUGAAGCUGUGGGACUACAGUAAAGGAAAGUGCCUGAAGACAUACACUGGACACAAAAAUGAGAAAUAUUGUAUAUUUGCCAAUUUCUCAGUCACUGGUGGCAAGUGGAUUGUGUCUGGUUCGGAGGACAAUAUGGUGUACAUCUGGAAUCUACAAACCAAGGAGAUUGUGCAGAAACUACAGGGCCAUACAGAUGUCGUUAUCUCAACAGCCUGUCACCCAACAGAAAACAUAGUUGCAUCAGCAGCUCUAGAAAACGACAAAACCAUCAAACUUUGGAGGAGCGACUGCUAAGCCAGAGAGGAGUUUUUUUUUUAAUUUGUAUUUUAUUAUUUUCCCCCCCCCCCCAACAAGGACUUUAUACAGCAGGAACAUAAUUCAUGAUCUGGUGCUGGCAGCAGUGUGACGGAACGAAGAAAUUCAGUAUGGAGGCAAACAAGUUUGAGUUGUUGAGAAUGUGGACAAACUGUCUUGACUGGAGCAAACUAAUCCCAAACCACAUACUUUUUCAUUGCCUUAUUUAAAAAAGUGAAUUACAACUUUUGUGUUUAAUUAAAAACAAAAAAAAAAAUGAAGGUAAAUGCAUAACUAAAGAACUAUGUGUAAAAAAGUUAGCUUUAGAAGUGUAAUGCUGAUAGGUAACUAGAAUUGGGUUUCCUAUCGUUGCAGUUCAGUAACCAGUACUUUCACAUCGCUUUUUCAUACACGCUAAUGCUGUGCCACUUACCUAGCUCUAACUCUAGUGAACAAGGGUUCUUCCACUAUACCCUUAUGUUUGUAGACAUUUUAAAACAGUUAAAGGUGGCAUUUCUGAUUGAUUUUUGUAUCUUAAUAAAUACCAACACAAUAAAAGGUGGACUCGCGACAGCCCCAGUAAAGUUGCAGGUUGGCAGAAAUCAGUUUCUCUAAAUUGUUUUGAUUUGAGGAAAGGACUCAAUGGGUGUCUUAUGACAUUGAAACAUGGUGACUGGUAGAAAACAUGAAAAAAAAAAAAAAUUACUAAACAAAAGCGAUGUACCUGUGUUGCAUGUCGUCCGACAGUUUUUAAUCCCUCAGGACACGGUUCCUCUAGAGAGUCCUUGGCACAUUGCUAAGGCCAAACAAAUCGAUACGUAUGCGGUAACAGGAUUAUUUAGCCUGUCACUCUGCACCUCCUGUUCCCAGUUUAGCAACCCUUAUUGAUUUUAAAAUCUACUCAUUUUGACAGUACUUUUACAAUGCAUUUAUACUAUAGUAUGCCAAAUGGUACUGGGGUUUAGCACUGUGUACUGCCAGACAUGGCUGUGUGUUGUUUUUAAGAAGGAGCUGCUUUAAGGUUUAAGAGGGAGUGUUUUAUUAGGUAGAGACCCUUUUUUUUUCUGGAGCUACUUUUGGAUUAAGACUUGUAUGUAAGCUAUGUGUGUUCCAUUUUGUUAAGAUGAAUAUCGGUCAUAAAUAAAUGAGACAAAAAAAACAAGGUUCACUAUUAUAAUUGACAGAUGUCCGAAACACUCAAAUGAAGUAGAGAGAUGAUUCAGCCAGUGCCUUGACUUGCAUUCCUUUGACAUGUAACUGUUCAUUUUGAUACAGCUUUAAUUGACACGGCUUAUUAGAACUUUAAGUGCAACAGAUGUUCUGCUGGUUUUGUAAUUGUAAAUAUUUGGCAAACCUUUAUGUAAAGUUGCAUAUUACCUUCUGAUUGGAUUAAUUAUGCACAAAAUCAUAAUUUGCUUUUUACUGUAGGCUUUUUUCAAUAUUGGGUAGCUGCUUUACAUGUACAAGAGUACGAAGCCUUUUUUUUCUUCUCAAAUAACCGAUUUUAUGUAAGUUUUUAAUUUUUUUUCCAGACCACAUGCAUUGGGUCCUUGUGGCAAGUGCAAUUUUUUUUUUCUGUGGCCAGUGAGAUUUAAGUUGUUUAAUGUCAUGCAACAUAAAGUGUGCUCUCUGUCCCCAUUGCAAGACAGUAAAACAUGUGGCCUUUUAACAACCAAGCUCCACAGUUUCAAUAUAGUUUAUCUGGAUUCUACUGCAUGUACUGGAAGUUCCUACAUCUGUCUUUUUUGUUCUUCACAAGCCAAUCACAUACUUGUUGUUCAGCUCAAGGUGGGAUGCUGACCUGCAAACCUUCAUCAAAUGUCAAGCGUGUAGACUGACCUUAUUAAUAAAAGGUACUUUUUUAUUGUAGUAAAGCUUGUUUAAUGCCAAUGAAGAACGUCAGAUCAGAAGUGCUUGCUGGUUAUAUUGUUUUUACACAUGGCAGUGCCAGUUCUACAAUCUAAUUAUGGAUUAGUUGCCAGGAUGAGUAAACGACAGACAAGCUUGCUGUUGUCUCUCGCCCCAGUCCUUCAGAUGACUCUCGUACCUGUGGAAAAUGAAACUGAAAAUGGUCCUCUCUUAUACAAGAAUGAUGCGUUGCUCCAUGUGUUGGCCAUUUUCAGUACUGUGUUUCCCAUUACAGUAUUCACUUUUAAUGUCUGACAAAAAAAUAUUUUAUUGUACAAUAAAAGAUAAUGUUAAAAAAAAGUACCCCAUUUCACUCUUUUUCCAGUAAAGGCAGUCUUGCAGUCCAUCAUUUCUCAAUUGGUUUUACAAAUAUAUAUAUAUAUAUAAAAGCUCAUUUUCAGAGGAACAGCAAGAAACUGCUCUGAACUAUCUCUAUAAUACAUGUGCCUUUCUGUAAAUUGUUCCUUGUUAGUACAUCAUCGUCAUUGCUAUUGCUGUCCUAAAAUGUCCUAUUGCCUUAACCUCUUUCUCACUUUCAUUCUGGCAUGGUGCAUUCUUGACAUAUUUAAGAAUCAGAAUUAAUGUUAUGUUGUCAUUUUUGUAUAUGUUUUAUUUAAAAAGACAAGAAAAAAUCUUCCACAAGGCUUAAAAAAUUGGAUGUACUUUUAGAGGGUAUGGUAGCUCUUGUUAAAACACACAUGCAGAAAUGCAUUUGGUUCUUGGGAGCCACACUGCAGCAGGGUCGUUCUUUCAGUAGAAUGAUUAAGUCACUCCUUUGCAGCUGAGCUGUGCCAUAAAGUGCCUACAGCCCCAGUCUCCUGUACUGUGCGAUAGCUGGCUUUUUGGAACGGUGUGUUCAACUGUUGAGCUGUUAACAGUAUCGUGCAUAUCUUUGUGAAUAAAGGCCCAGAAGUACACUUCGAAAUAUGUUGGGGCAACUGUCACCUGAAAGACUGUUUUUAAAAUCGUCUUGUAAUGUCAUUUCUGGAACAAAACCAUGUUUUCAAAAGCAUUGUCCUCUGGAGCUACUAUUUUUUAUCAUAAUGCGUUAGUGUGCCAAUAGAUGGACAGGACCUGCCGUCACUGGAUGCUAUCCACAAGUCAUUCAGCAUACAGAGACCUUGCAUUAAAAUGUACAAAUUGACCACCUGCAAAACUGUCAUGCCUUUGCUGUAAAAACAAAUGUCAUUAAGUUGUGUAUUUGCCUGUAUUCUUUUGAUGUAAUUUAGACCCCAGAUGAAAGUAUGCGACUACUUUUAAUGACUGGUUUAAGUAGGCAUCUGAACACUAUUAUCAUGCAAUGCUGAUUUGUGGACAAAAUCAUACAGAUACUAAGGAUCAGUAAUGCUCUCCUUUUAAAAUAAAAGCAUUAAAAUGGGUCUAAAAUCCGCAGAACCAUUAUCGUUCUGAACAUGCUUUCUCUUAAACGUUCACGGAAAUGUACAGCUGACUCCGUGUUUCAGUGCGAUUUGACGCCAUGCAACAAGAGAGCAUCUUUGAUGCGACUUAAAACAGUGACCAAAUAGGAUUUCAGCAAAGAAAAUACUUUGGGUGCAUUGUGAAAAAACAGAACAAUGUAAUAUUGCUGUUUUUAAAGUUCUGUAUCGUUGCUUAUAUUUCUUGCGUAUGUGAUGUUUAUAGAUGCAAUAUAAGAAUUUUUUUUUUAACCUGAAAUUUUUGUUUCAUGAUUUUCAUGCUGGUAUUGAACAAUUCAUACUCUGAAGCCUUUGUCGUUCCAAAAUACAGUGAGGGAAAAACUGUCAAAGGAUUUCAAAUAUCAAUCGACUCUGUUAAAAGGACAGCAUGAAAACCAUAUCUGUAUCUGCUUAAAUGCUUCCGAUUUUCUGAAUGCUCAUUUUGACAAUGAACCAAGGUGUAAUAAAGUGUUUUUUACAUGUAA